CUUUUUUUUUCUUUUAUCAUCAUCAUCACAUCGUGAAAGCUGUCCUGCACACCGCCGCUUCACCGUCAUGGCAUUUUCAUCCUCGCCUGUCCUGCUGCACUCGGUCGCUGCUGCUAUCAUGGUCUGGGCUCACUCUCAACUCGGAAAGAGCGCCAUCGACAUUGUCGUUGAGACCCAGUACGGUGGCCAUUACCAAUUUUUGACGAUCCUUGGGUUGGUCGCGUCAUUGUGCACCAUGGGAGUGGCAUUACUUGUCGACCUCUUUCCUUCAAUUUUAGUUCUCAGGUCGCUCAAGCGUGCGAUGCUCAUGAUCUGCAUGCCGGUCGAAGCUGUCAUAGUCUCUGUGUAUUGGACCCUCCUCCUUCUUUUUCCCAGCCUUAUUCUUCAAAAAGACGUCGUUACGGAGCCUACGUCGUCCCACGAUGGCCCGCCACUCGCUAGGACACCCCUGUCCCUGGAUCUGGCCAUGCAUGUUGUUCCAGGUCUCUCACUCGUCAUGGACUUCCUGGUCUUUGAAAAGAAAUACUCUCAGGAACUCGUAAAACUUGCGGUUCCUGUGGUCCUCACAUGCGGGGGGAUGUAUAGUUCCUGGGCGGAAAGGAAUGCAAAAUUGAAUGGCGGUGUUUUCCCAUAUCCUUUCCUCACUGAAAAUCCUUUUGAAACACGAUUGGGCAUCUACGUCGGUGCUUGCGCAAUUGGAUACAUUUACUUCCGGGUGCUGAAUGCUCUUCACGUUUAGACUACUUAGAGAACGCUAGGUCUCCUUGUGGCAUUAUCAUCGUUAUAUUCAGUCUAAUGUUUAGUCAUUGACGAUUAGUAUUACUUAUAGAUACCCGGAUUAUUGGUUAGAUCCGAAUAGAUCGGUUUGCACUGUGUUAUUC